GUUUUACUGUAAAAGGGGCGUCAAAAAUAAUCAAGGAUUGUGGAAUUUCCAUGAAAACAUAACCGUUACCGUAGAUUAGCAGAAAAUAUCUACCAUGACAAGAAAUGAUAAACAUAUAGGCCUGUACUGUACUAUAAAAGCAACAAUGAAAAUACUUCCUUUGCAAUUUGGAGAUGCUAACAUCAGAGAUGAUCAAACCCAACGGAUCAAAGAUAUAUGUCAAGACUCGGGCAAUGUUGAGUUUAAUCUUCAUGAAAUGUUCGAUGUGUUUAACGAAGAUGGCGACCAAGUCCCGGAUAUAGAGGGCUGUGAUCUGUUUUGUCCAGAAUCUCUCUCAGACGAAGCUGACUACAGUGUUCCAUUUUCCUCUAUUUCUUCCAUUAGUUCACAGGAUCCCGAGGAAAUAUUGGGAGGCUUAGUGUAUCCCCAAGUCGACAUUGUAUCACCGCCGGUUUUCAACGAAAACGAAGAUUUGAAUCGGCGCAUCUCGGACGGAGAGCUGAGUCAAUCGGAGAGUGACGCGGAGGACAUACCAAUGGAAGAGCACGCUGAACUUCGGAGAGGUGGUGAGGGCCAGAGUGUUGCCAGAAGAAAUCCAGCAUAUUUUGAUGGUAUGUUCCCACGGAACAGUGAACAGAACCGCGACAGACGCGUUCCAGAUUUAAAUGGGUCGUUGUAUGAUUCCGACGAGGAAAGGAUCCUGUACAGUCCAUGCUCCGACUCUGACCAUGUUGUACCCGAUUUUUACAUGGAAGAGUAGGCUAUGUUAUUGGCAGGACCGUGGUGUUGUUACUACUGUUGUUUUAACUUGUUGAUAUGAGAUCUUCUUUAUUUAUUAUAUAUAACUAUUUAUCAUAUACAUGUAUUUAUGUAAAAUGCAUUUGAAUGCAAAUUUGUCUGGACAUUAAUGACUAUGUUGAUCAUUUUUUUAAAAGUCUGUUAUGUUCUUGUUAACCGUUGUUGCAUUAUAUGUGUAAACGUCAAUCAUGGAAUAGAGUUGAAAUAUGUAUUUGGAUCGUAUAUUAUUUUUUUCGAUCAGGUAAGAAGUAUAUCAA